UCCAGGUUGCAGUGUAGUAAGUUAAUCAAUAGUGAAUGGAGAGGGUGCCCUUUAUCUAUGAAGACGUGUGGGUGACUCCCGCACAACAUUGCGCCGGUAAAUUUCAAAUAAUUUCGUCUUCAAGGCAGCUUGAUCAUCCUAAAGCCUUCCAGGUCCUUACCAAACAUCUUAUGCCACUACUAGACUGUUGAUUACCAUGAGUGAAACACGAUCCGAGAAAAAUCUACGAUCAAGUUCUCGUACUGGCCAAGGACAAGGCUCUACUACUACCAUGAUUACCACAAACAAAGAUGGCGGCGCCUGUGUGACACCAAAACCUACAGCCACGGACGGUAAAUCCUGCCGUCAAUCCUGCCCACGAUGCUGCCUUGGACGAUCAACUAAGAACUAGCCUAACAAAUCUAUUAUCAUCUGAUGCUACGCUAUAUUACAGCCUUUAAUAGCCGCUGUUGCUGAUGCUCUUGUGAUAAAGCUACUGUCAGACGACCACAUCAUAGCCACGAUCACAAGUAAGCUGAUUAACUCAGAUUUAUUCAUUGCCAAGCUUUCCUCUUCAAUGUCAUCUGAAGUGAAGCAGGAGGUGUAUGAAUCCUUACAAAUGGACAGUGAUGUUCAAGCCACAACAAUCACCUCUUUGGAGAAUCAAUGUUCCUCCCUUAAGAACACCAACAACGACAUGCUCAAGAAGCUUGAUGACCUCGAGCAGUACAGUCGCUGUAAUUGUUUGCUUUUACACGGUCUGGAUGAGAGCCACGCUGACAGCAAGGGAACUUCCGUCGAUCGCCUCAAUCAUCUGCUUCCUGACUCACACCUUCAGUCGUCAGACAUUGAUCCUGCUCAUCGAAUCGGCAAGCCGAAUCUUAAUCACAAUGUCAGCCAUUGUGGUCAACGACGAUCUCGGCCAGUUAUUAUCAAAUUCAUCAGCUACGCUAAGAGGGAAGCUGCCUUUCGUACCAAACGCCUGCUGAAAGGUUCCGGCCUCUCCUUGUCUGAAAGCCUCACCCCGACCCGUAUGUCUCUUCUCAAAGCAGCCCAAGACAGCCCAAAGACCAUCAGUGCUUGGACAAUCGACGGUCGUGUGACUUGCCUGCUGGCAAAUAACCGUAAGGUAACAGUAACAUCUAUCCAGGACCUUGAUAAGCUGUAAAUGUGAUACAAGACAUCAUGGAGGAGACAUUGCCACCAGUGGUUGCCCGAAAAAGGUAUUUCUUAGCCGCCCGAACUGGAGACGUCAAGGGCAUCAAGGACAGUCUAGAGAACAGUGCCAAACAUA